AUGAAGCAAUCAAAGCGAAAGUCAAAUAUUUCAACGUUCAUGACGUGUUUAAUUAAAACAAUCAAUGAGUAUUUUAGUGUAUCAAGUAUAACCGGCCUGAAAAUAUUUUGGUGUUUGGUGCUGAUUGUGAGUUUCAUUUUCUGUAAUAUAUUGGUUGCUCACUUUUGGUUGCGUUACAAGAGUAAUUCCACCAGAAUGGUUGUUGCUUCCAAUCACCUACCGUUACCAACAGCACCCUUGCCAGCGCUUACAAUUUGUCCUAUCGGUCAUACUCAUCCAAAUCGUCUAGCUGCUUUCAUUUCUGAAAUAAAUUAUGAUUCGAAGGAAUAUUCGGCUGAGAGUUUAAAGCGUAUGUUCAAGCAAUCAUCUGGAUUUUUUGAGACGAUGACAUACAAUGUCAGUGAAUUAACAAUAGUACAAAAUCUCAUCGAUAUGAAUCAAUAUACAGUGCGUCGUGUAAUGGAUACCAUACAGAAUACAUGCAAUGACAUAUUUGUGCGAUGUCGUUUCGAAGGAUUCGCUUUUAACUGUUCAAAUUUAUUUAAAGCGGUAACCAGUCAAUAUGGUAACUGUUGUACAUUCAAUGGAUAUCGAGAUUUUAAUACAACAUUGUCCCCAAACGGAAGAACAUCCAUAUCAUUAUUACUUCGAUCCAAUGACGAGACAUUCAUCUCUUCGGAAAGAAUACGGUUUUUUAUAUACGAAGCAAACACAUCGGCCAGCAUAGCUGUAUUCGAAAGCAUGUUGUCACACGAAACCGAGACAUUUGUGGACAUAGCGCCGGAGAUUAAUAUGUGUUCGAAUGCAGUUGGUCAAACACCAAUCGAUCAACGAAAUUGCUUAUACGAAGGAGAAAAACAAUUGAAAUACUUCUCCAGAUACAGAGAGUCAAGCUGCAGACUCGAAUGCAUUUUGAAAAAAAUGGUACGGGCGUGUCAGUGCUUACCAUAUUAUUAUGCAAUGUAUUCAAGAACGACGAAAGUUUGCGACUUUACAGACAUUAAAUGUUUGGUCGAUAAAUACUGGUCAACGUACCACCAACAAAAAAAUGAAACAAAAGACUGUGAAUGCAUGGCAAAUUGUAUGGAAAUAACUUAUCAUGCUUUUAUGAGUCAAACACGUUUGCAGCCGAAUUAUUUUGAAGUUGGAUCUUUUUAUGAAGGCCUUAGCGAUGAGCAUAUUAUCUUACACAUUUCAUUUGGAAGGGAAGUAUUUAGAGCAAUUCAAAAGGAUCUUGCGACAAACGUGUUGGCAUUGACAGCAAAUCUGGGCGGCAUCUACAGUUUAUUUAUUGGCUUCAGUGCGAUCACAUUUUUUGAAAUAGUCUAUUACGUAUGUGUACGCUCUUAUACAAACUACAAAAAACAAGUGCUGCGCCAUAAGUCUGAAAAUGUGAUGCAUAAGAAAUUAUUUAACAAUCGAAUGUAG